UGAGUUGUGUCAUUUAUGCCCAGCCCUAUUCAGCCAGGAAGUGUUGAUGGGGCACAAGUUUCAGACAUCAUUCUUUUCCAAUCUGUACUUCGUGGAAGUCGGACGUAACUGUAGGCAAAAUGUCUCAUCGUAAAUUUUCGGCGCCUCGCCAUGGUUCUGUGGCCUUUUGCCCCAGGAAGCGUGCCUCCCGCCACCAGGGUAGAAUAAAGGCAUUCCCCAAGGACGAUCCAUCCAAACCAGUGCACUUGACUGCUUUCCUGGCCUAUAAAGCCGGCAUGACGCAUAUCGUGCGAGAAGCCGAUCGUCCUGGUUCAAAGAUCAACAAGAAGGAAGUGGUAGAAGCCGUUACCAUUUUGGAAACACCUCCAAUUGUCAUUGUUGGUGCUGUUGGAUACAUUGAAACUCCAUUCGGCCCACGUGCCUUGUGCAAUGUCUGGGCGCAACAUUUAUCUGAGGAAUGUCGACGUCGGUUCUAUAAGAACUGGCAUGCGAGCAAGAAGAAGGCUUUCGUUAAGGCAUCCAAGAAGUGGACCGAUGACCUGGGAAAGAAGGAAAUCGAGGAGAGUUUCAAGAAAAUGAUUCGUUACUGCAAAUCCAUUCGUGUUAUCGCCCACUCGCAGAUCCGUCUCAUCAAGCAGGGCCAGAAGAAGGCUCACAUCAUCGAGAUCCAACUGAACGGCGGAACCAUUGAAGACAAAGUCAACUGGGCUAGAGAGCAUUUGGAAAAACCAGUGCCAGUUUCGCAGGUGUUUGCACAGGAUGAAAUGAUCGAUUGUGUGGCUGUUACCAAGGGUAAAGGUUUCAAGGGUGUUACCAGCCGUUGGCACACCAAGAAACUGCCACGCAAGACGCACAAAGGUCUUCGCAAGGUUGCCUGUAUCGGAGCCUGGCAUCCAUCGCGUGUAGCAUUCACCGUUGCUCGUGCUGGUCAGAAGGGUUACCAUCAUCGUACUGAGAUCAACAAGAAGAUUUACCGCAUUGGAGCUGGAAUCCAUACAAAGGACGGCAAGGUCAUCAAGAACAGUGCCGCCACCGAGUAUGAUUUGACGGACAAAUCUAUCACUCCAAUGGGAGGCUUCCCAUUCUAUGGUGAAAUCAAUAAUGAUUUCCUGAUGAUCAAGGGAUGUUGUAUCGGAGCCAAGCGUCGUAUCAUCACGCUGCGCAAGUCACUGUUGGUGCACACGAAGCGUUCUGCCCUGGAACAGAUCAAUCUCAAGUUCAUCGAUACAUCGUCGAAGAUUGGUCAUGGUCGCUUCCAAACUCCGGCUGACAAGCGCGCCUACUAUGGCGUUCUCAAGAAGGAUCGCAUUCGCGAGGAGAAGGCACAGGCUGCAGCUGCUGCUGCCGCCGCUAAAUCAUCGGCUUAAGCUGAUUUUUCCAUAUGUUGGUUAAAUUAUGGAUAAAUAAAUAAUAGUUCAAAAAAAAGUAAAA